AUGGUGGUGGCGGUGUCCGUGCCGAGCCAAGCACAGGCUGUGCUUCGGGGCCGGCUCUGCGACCCAGCCUUCGUCCACUCUGCCCUCAGGUCCUCCUCGGACACCAAUUACAGCAAGCUGAAGUACCUUGUCGCCAGCUCCUUCUCCGAGGCCUGCAAUAACUCUGUCCUCCUCCUUGGUCCCCGUGGGUGUGGAAAAGCAGCGGUGGUGGACAUGGUUCUUGACGAUCUGAAGAAGGAGCACCCUGAUGCGAUUUCUGUGAUCAGACUAAAUGGGAUGCUACAUAAUGACGACAACUGUGCUAUGAAGGAAAUUGCCAGGCAGCUUUGUUUGGAGCAUCAGUUAUCAUUUUCAAAAAUGGCUUCUUCAGAUGACAACACUGAGUUCAUGAUUGACAUGUUACGGGAGUGUGGACUAGCUCACAAAACAAUCCUAUUUGUUCUAGAAGAGUUUGACCUCUUUGCUCAGGGUAAACAGAGGUUGCUUUACAGCUUGCUUGAUGCAAUGCAGUCUCUAACAUCACAAGCUGUUGUCAUUGGUGUGAGUUGCCGCUUGGAUGCAGAUCAACUCCUAGAGAAAAGGGUUAGAUCCCGGUUCUCUCAUAGGAAGCUUUUAUUUAUUUCUCCUUCACUGGAUGAUAUACAACGGUUGUUGGAACAUUUGCUUAUACUGGCCAAAGACUCAGGUUUACCAGCAAAGUAUAUCACCGAUUAUAACUCAAGACUUACUAGCAUUUUUAGUGAUAAGAAAUUCAAAGGAUGUCUCAACUACCUCAUGGAUGCUGAUGCAACAACAAGCAACAUUCUAAGAUUUCUUUUCAGAGCUGUGUCAUAUAUGGACAUGGAAUCUGGAUUCCUGCCAAUAGAAAGCUUCCUAAAGGCCCUUUCUUCCAUGCAGAGGCAACCCAAGAUGGACAGCCUACAAGACCUCUCGAUUUUGGAAUUGUACAUUCUUGUGUGCAUGCACAGACUAGAAGAUAAGGAGCAAAGCUCAUACAACUUCACCAGCAUAAUGAAAGAAUACAGAUCCAUACAAGACGCAUAUAAGACUUCUGAUAAAUAUGCAAGCACUGUUUGUUUUAGGGCCUUUGAGCAUCUUUUGGAUCGAGAGCUGAUCAGUUUUGGUGACAAUAGAGGGAGAAACCAGGCGCUUGAAUACCGACCUGUUAAGCUCCUCAUAUCCUCCCGCGAGCUUGCUCAGUCCCUCAAGUUGAACACCACCUGCCCUGCUGUACUACAGAAGCUGUUUGAUCGUGAAAGAUACAUGUAG